CGACAUCUCCUCAGCAAUGUCCUCCUUAAGUGGGAAAGUGCAGACGGUUUUAGGACAGGUGGAACCAGCCCAACUGGGCCGCACUCUGACCCACGAACAUCUGACCAUGACCUUCGACUUCUGCUACCAUCCACCCCCACCAUGCCACGAAGCAAUCUCAAAGGAACCCUUUCUGAUGAAAAAUUUGUUUUGGAUUCAGAAACAUCCUUACUCCCAUCAGGAGAAUCUCCGGCUGAAUCAAGAGACAGAGGCCGUCAAAGAAGAACUGUUGCAUUUUAAAGCCAGUGGCGGAGGGACGAUGGUGGAGAAUACGACCACGGGGCUCAGCCGAGAUGUGCUAACUCUGAAGCGGCUCUCCCAGGAGACAGGAGUCCACAUCGUGUCUGGAGCUGGCUUCUAUGUGGAUGCGACUCACUCUGCCGAGACCAGAGCCAUGUCAGUAGAACAGCUAACCGAUGUGCUCAUUAACGAAAUUCUCCAUGGAGCAGAUGGGACCACCAUCAAGUGUGGCGUCAUUGGGGAAAUUGGCUGCUCGUGGCCUCUGACAGAGAGCGAGAAGAGGGUUCUUCAGGCAGCAGCGCAUGCACAGGUCCAGCUGGGCUGUCCUGUGAUCAUCCACCCUGGCAGGAACUCUGGCUCCCCCUUUCAGAUCAUCCGAGUACUGCAAGAAGCAGGUGCGGACAUCUCCAAGACCGUCAUGUCACACCUGGACAGAACCCUAUUGGAUAAGAAGGAACUGCUGGAAUUUGCACGACUUGGUUCUUACUUGGAAUAUGAUCUCUUUGGAACUGAACUCCUUCAUUAUCAGUUCAACCCAGACAUUGACAUGCCCGAUGAUAAUACAAGAAUUAGAAGGGUGGGUCUCCUGGUGGAUGAAGGCUAUGAAGACCGAAUUCUGGUGGCGCAUGACAUCCAUACGAAGCAUCGGCUGAUGAAAUAUGGGGGGCACGGCUAUUCUCAUAUCCUCACCAACAUCGUGCCCAAAAUGCUGCUUCGAGGCAUAGCCCAGCAUGCCAUUGACAAGAUUCUUAUUGAGAAUCCUCGACAAUGGCUCACUUUCCGAUAGGGUGGCUCGUUAUGAA